AUGGCAGCCGUUCUUCACACUUUUCCACCUCUGUUUGUCGCCUCCCAUCAGGGAGAGAGUACUUCUAAGGUGGGUAAUCAUUCUCUAGUAGGAUCUUCUAGUCAUAUGUUGAAUCAAAGUGCAAGAUCUGGUUCAAAUUUGCCUAAAUUUGGUUCGAUUGUUUGGUCUGAGUUUUUCUCCAGUGAGAAACUUCAAUCGCAGAAGGAGAAAAAGAUGUUUAAGCAACCAUCGAUUAUUAAUGGUAGGAAAGUUGUUUCUUCCUCUUAUGUUGAUUACACAACAUACAUUAAGAAGUGCGAAGAUCUGGUGAUUGGAUCUUUUGUUGGUAAACGACCUCCAUUUAUGUUGGUUGAAAAUGUUGUGUCUUGUUUAUGGAAAUUGAAGAAUGACUUCAGUAUCACUAUUCACGGUGAGUCUUCUUUUGUAUUUGAUUUUGAAACUGAGGAGGAUAGAAUUGUUGUUCUAGAACAGGGGUAUCUCUAUAUUGAUAGUCAACUUUUCAUUAUUAUACCUUGGCAUAAGGAUCUUGAGAAAGAGAUGGAAGAACUGAAAAUUGUUCCAGUUUGGGUGAAUUUGAGAAAAUUACCACUUUAUAUGUGGAAUGAAACUGGUUUGGGUAACAUUACAAGUUGUGUAGGUACCCCUAUAAUGUUGGAUAAACAGACUUUGAACAUAUCUAGAAUGAGUUAUGCUAGGAUUUGUGUUGAUGUUGAUGCUAAUUGCGAUUUUCCUAGCACUAUCCCGGUCUAUAUGGAUGGUGAAUUAUCUUUUGAGGUUAUUGUAGAUUACCCAUGGAAACCUCCCAUGUGUGCUAUGUGUGAGACGUUUAAUCAUCCUGCUCUUAAGUGUAAGACAGUUGCUGCUCAAGCUCAAAUGGAGAAGGAAGCUCAGGCUGUUAAGAAUAAGCUUGAUAAAGGAGAUGGGUAG